AUGGCGAUAAAAGUGCUUAUUUGCUACACGUUCGACACUUGGGCCCACGAACCAACAUUUGAAGGCUAUCAUACUCGUGUCCGGCACUUAUUGAUAAAUGACUGCCAAGAACUCGCACAAAACAGGAAGAAAUUGGACAAGAUAAAGAUGGCCGAGUACGAGAGUGUGGCACUCGUCAAGCCCGAAGUGUUUGUUUAUCGGAUCCCACCACUGACGACGAAUCGCGGAUAUAAAGCUGCCGAAUGGAAUCUCGACACUCCCGAUUGGACAGGUCGACUGCGAUUGGUGUCGAUCGGCAAAAAGUUGGAAGUGAGACUUGAGGAUAGAGCAUCGGGUCAGUUGUAUGCUAAAGCACCGAUUGAGUCGUAUCCUGGUGUGGGGCUCGAGCCGGUUUCCGAUUCUUCACGGUACUUUGCGCUUCGAUUGAUGAACGAAACUGGGCAGACGGCUUUUGUGGGCAUCGGUUUCUCGGAUCGCGGUGACUCAUUUGAUCUCAAUGUGGCUUUGCAGGACCACUUCAAGUAUCUUGAGAAAGCGGCGGAACUCGAACAACAAAGCUCCCAGCCCACCCCACAAUUGGAUCUUGGAUUUAAGGAAGGGCAAACGAUUACGAUCAAUAUUGGGAAGAAGAAGGACAACGGAGGCCCAUCACGACCACGGCCUGCUGCAAAUUCGGGUGGUGGAUUCCCCUUAUUGCCUCCACCGCCAGGGCCCGGACAGCCAGCUAAACCUAGAGGUACACCCACCUCAAACUCGCCGGUGCCUCCACAAACGACGAGUAACGUUAACCUAUUAGACUUC